UCUUUUUUUCUUCUCCUUCCUUACUCUCUCAAACAAUGGCAUCUCUUAUUUCUUUUUCUUCUCUCCUUCAACCAAAAGUCUCUUUUUCUUCUUCCUUUAAACCAAAAGCUGUAAAGACUUCGAUUUCAGCUCCUCAGACACAGACAAUAACUGAAGGGCUUGAAGAAAAAUUUGGACGGAAAGGCAUAAAAUUCUCGGAAACAAACAUGGUCGAGCUUAAAGUCAGAAACGGAAGCUCUUUAAAGCUGAAUCUAUCAGACGCUCAUGUGGUUUCAUAUAAACCAAAAGUGUACUGGAAAGACGACGGAUUCGAGGAACUCCUCUACACAGUAGAGGACGGUAAUAAAACCAGAGGUGGGGUUGGUCUUGUUAUCAUAAACGAAGAAGACGCUUCUUCAGUACUAUCAGGUUGUAAUUGGACUGUUAAGGACACUGAUUCAGACGCUAUUGAUGCUCUUCAGAUUGAAUUGACCUGUACGGCCGGAUUUCUAGACAUAACCUAUAUCGUCUCGCUCUAUCCAGUAAGCAUAGCGACAGCUGUGGUGGUGAAGAACAACGGUCGGAAACCUGUUAUCCUUAAAUCGGGGAUUAUAAGUUCCUUGAGUUUCAAGAAACGGAGUGGUGCUGGAAUUCAAGGGCUUAAGGGCUGCUCCUAUUGCCCUAGUCCUCCUUUAUCGUCGCCUUUCGAGCUACUGUCUCCUUCCGAGGCAAUGAAGGCGGACUCUUCCGGGUGGUUUGGGUCAGAAGAUGGGGAAAAACCGGGGAUUUGGACAGUUGAAGACUCUGUGAUUACACUUCUAGAGAAGAAGAUGAGUAGAGUUUAUGGUGCCCCUCCGGCUGAGAGACUAAAGGCUGUCUAUAACACUCCACCUUCUAAAUAUGAAACCAUUGAUCAGGGACGAGGAUUGUUCUUCAGGAUGAUAAGGAUGGGGUUCGAGGACAUGUACGUUGGAUCCCCAGGAUCAAUGUGGGACAAGUUUGGGAAGCAAAAUUAUUUUGCGUGCACAGGUCCUGCAUCCAUGCUCGUUCCCAUUGAUGUUGGUGCCGGUGAAACCUGGAGAGGAGCAAUGGUAAUUGAGCAUGAUAAUUUGUAAAGUUCGUUUUAUAUAUGUUUAUCAUCUUUAUUUUUCUUACAUAUUUUUGUCAUUCUGCAACGAAUAAGAAUAAGAUGUUAUUUCAUAUUGUAUAUAUGCAAAUAAAGUCAUAACUAUAAGUGUCAUACCCAUUCUGCUUCUGAAGUACAAUAAUAUAAGAUGUAUGUAUCUCCUGUUAUGUGGGAGAGACA